AUGAUUGACCCGGAAUACGACGUGAUCAUCGCUGGCGGUGGAUUUUCUGGCGUGUACAACUUGAUCCACUUGACUAAGCUAGGGCUUCGUUGCAGGCUCAUCGAACCUGGCUCUGCUUUGGGGGGGACAUGGUACUGGAACAAAUACCCUGGUGCGCGAGUGGAUUCAGACGUCCCGAUAUACCAGUUCCCUGUCGAUGACCUCGCAAAGGGAUGGACAUGGUCCGAGCGGUUUCCUGACUCAUCCGAGUUACGAGCAUACUUCGCUUAUGUCGCUGACAAGUACGACCUCUUUAAGUAUACUUGGAUGGAGAGCCGCGUAAAUGCGGCCCACUGGAACGACGAUGAGCAUAUCUGGAAGAUCACGGCGAACGGGGCAGGAGGUUUCCAUCAAUCAACAGCUCGGUUUUUCAUCAUGGCUGUGGGGUCGACGACCGAGCCGUACACUCCGAAAUUUGACGGACUUGCAUCGUUCCAGGGUCGUUGGUGCCAUUCGGGCCGAUGGCCCACGGAAGGCAUCGACGUUAAGAACAAACGAGUCGGCGUAAUUGGAACAGGAGCAAGUGGAGUACAAAUCAUACAGGAGAUCGGACCGCAGGUCAAACACUUGACAGUCUUCCAACGCACCCCAAACUUGGCUCUUCCCAUGGUCCAGUAUCAGAUGUCGCGUGAUGUGCAGGCUCAUUUCAUGCCUGUUUACCCCAAUAUUUUUGAGAAGCUACCGAAAACUUUCGGCGGUUUCCAUUUCGACUUCAUUCCCAGGUUGACCAUGAGCGACCCACCCGAAGUUCGUGAGGCAGUCUUUGAGAGCAUUUGGGGGAUGGGCGGCUUCAGCUUCUGGCUCGCGGGAUACUCCGACCUCUUCUUCGAUAAAGAGGCAGCGAACGAAGCAUAUAAGUUCUGGCAAAAGAAAACUUCAGCGCGCAUUAAAGAUCCGAGGAAGCGAGACCUACUAGCGCCGAAGAUCGCUCCCCAUCCAUUCGGCACCAAGCGACCCUGUCUCGAGCAGCGAUUCUACGAGGUCUUCAACCAGGAAAACGUUGACCUGAUCGAUAUCAAGGAAGAUCCGAUCGUGGAAAUAACAGCAGACACUGUCAAAACGAAAAACACCUCAACGGAGCUAGACGUGCUCAUUGUGGCGACUGUAGGAUGGGACAACUUUACGGGCCCUUGGAUGCGGAUGGACCUGAGAGGUGAGAAAGGAAAGACCAUUCAGGAACAUUGGAAUGGCAGCGCGAUUCUCAGCCUAGGCUUGACCACCGACAACUUCCCGAACAUGUUCUUCCUUUACGGAGCACAUGCCCCUACCGCCUUUUGCAACGGACCGACUUGUAUCGAAGUCCAAGGGCAGUGGAUCGUGAAGACAAUCAACCACCUCUAUAAGAACGAUAUCACAAAAUUCGUCCCCAAGGCGGAGGCAGCCCGCGAAUUUACUGAGCUUAUCGACAGCCUAUCAAGAAAAUCGCUGUUCCACGAUGUCGAUAGUUGGUACAUGGGCGCCAACGUUCCAGGUAAGCGGAGGCAGGCGUACAACUGGGUCGUAGGGCUUCCGGCAUAUACGGAAGAAGUCGAACGAGAGGUAGAGAGAGGUUAUCCGGGCUUCAUUAAGGACACCGUAAGCGGCGUGGGAUUGGCGAAAUUGUGA